AUGGGUGAGCAGCAAGCCUCUGUCUCUUUGCUGUGCCAAUUCCCUGUUACCUCUAGCAUUCCCCUCUUGACAACAGUAAUUCUUCUAAGAGUAGUCUUACCUUUUAAAUGGUUGGGCUGUUACCUGGUCAAACCAUUGCUUGAAGAGAAAACCAAUGAGAAAUAUGAAAAAUUUCAAGCUGUUGAUUAUAAAGUUCAAGUUGUCGCUGGAAAAAAUUACUUCAUUAAAAUGGACGUGGGGCACAUAAAAGUCUUCCAGGGUCUUUCUGGAGAGGAUGAUUUGGAACUUAGUGGUUACCAUACUAACAAAACCAAGAAUGAUGAGCUGACCUCCUUCUAA